CCUCCCCUUGGGGCCGCUGGACGAAGAGAGAGGAGGCCGUGAGGAACGCUCUACCCUACUCCAAUCAGAGAGAGAGAAAGGACGCUCUGCCAGGACAUUUGGGCUUAUCAGUGCGGACGAAGGUAGACUUUUCGGGGCGGGGAUGGUGAGGGACUUUUUCGACACUGCUGCACCUCGAACAUCCAAACCAAGAUCAUGAGAGGGUGUAAGACGGCGGAGAAGCGGCCGUCAUACCCUUGUUUUUGACGACGCCGUCCGUGUGUCCCUUUCUCAGCUUCUGGAUGGCCGCGCAGGUGACGGAGAGGAGAUGAUGGUUGCAACGAGGGAGGAUAUUAUUGAAUUCGUUUGAGACAAUUAUUUCAUCUUCAGCGCUUGACAACAAUGACACCGACAUUUCAAAGGAAAACGGUAUUUUUCUUUCUCCUUUCUACUCGAGAUUGUGCACUCUGAAAUAAGACGCAUUAAUAACAAAUGUCAGAAUUGUCCUGGUCUCCAGGCUUAUUAGGUCGCACUGGUAAAACAACUGUAAGGUGGCGGGAGCCCCAUUAUUCCCACACACUAUGCCAAACAUUGCGGAUGUUUCGAAAUUAAAUAAAUAAUAGUAGCUUUUUCCCUUGUCAAUGCCUUUUAAGUCUUCGGAACCGCGACCGUUUCCAAAAUGAACGUCACUGACGGCCAUAGCUACGGGCUGUUAACCAUUUUCCCAGAUUUAUUUUCGACAAUCUGAUUUAUUGAGGCCUGUGUGAUUUAGAGUCGUUUAGAUUGUCAUUACAUGCUGUCAUGAGAGUAAAGAAAUAAAUCGUCCACAAAGGUGCAGGAGGCUGUGGUGCGCUCUGAUGCAGGCAUGAACCAUGGAGAACAUGAAACAUUCAUGUUAACUCGCUACAUUCUCCCCAUGAUUUCAUGUUGGGGGCGAAACCUGCUUCAUACGGACAUAAGAACCGACUAAGACUGAGACACCCCACAGCACUACCCUACAGUGCAACCAGUCAGCCAACCGACCACACAUUUAAUUUCCUCACACCCACAAUUGGCCGUUGGCAGAGACGCAGAAGGAGACAGCAGCCUACAUGGGCGUCCUCGUCUGCUAAAACCAGCAUAGAACCGCUCGCCGGGUGCAGGUGUUCAGCGUAAGCUUACAAGACAACCCGUUGUGCAUAUGAGACGUUCUGAUCCAGAUGGGAUGUAAUGUUGUGUGGCUACACAGCUGAGCAUUGGUCUUCUUCUCCGCUGCUUCGUGAAGAUUGGCUUUCGGUGGUCAGAGAAUGGCGCGGUUCGGAGAUGAGGUACAGUCCAGGUAUGGCGGAGGGCCCGGCAGUGGGGGCCCGGGCGGCCGCGGUGGUAGCAGGCAAGGAGGACCCCACGGACACGUUCACGGCCACGGGCAUGGCCACGGGCAUGGCCACGGUCCACCCGGAGGGCCCGGGACCCAGAGAAUGUACAAGCAGUCUAUGGCGCAGAGAGCCCGGACUAUGGCCCUCUAUAACCCCAUUCCCGUGCGCCAGAACUGUUUCACUGUCAACCGCUCGCUGUUCAUUUUCAGUGAGGAUAACUUCGUCAGAAAAUACGCCAAAAAGAUCACCGAAUGGCCUCCAUUUGAGUGGAUGAUUCUAGCCACCAUCAUUGCCAACUGCAUCGUCUUGGCUCUGGAACAACAUUUGCCUGAUGGGGACAAGACGCCACUCUCUGAGCGCCUGGAUGAUACAGAGCCGUACUUCAUAGGGAUCUUCUGUUUUGAGUCUGGAAUAAAGAUCCUGGCACUUGGGUUCGCCUUCCACAAAAACUCCUACCUGAGGAAUGGAUGGAACGUCAUGGACUUUGUGGUGGUCCUCACAGGGAUCCUGUCCACUGUGGGUUCAGAUUUCGACCUGCGGACCCUCAGGGCUGUGCGAGUAUUAAGACCCCUCAAACUGGUGUCCGGUAUUCCUAGCUUACAGGUGGUGCUCAAAUCCAUCAUGAAGGCCAUGAUUCCUCUGCUGCAAAUUGGCCUGCUUCUUUUCUUUGCCAUCCUCAUGUUCGCCAUCAUCGGCCUGGAGUUCUACAUGGGCAAAUUCCACACAACCUGCUUUGACAAUCACACAGGUGAGAUCCGAGAAGAGUUUCCAUGUGGGACAGAGCCUCCGUCACGGCUGUGUCCAGAGGGCACCAUGUGUAGACAGUACUGGCUGGGACCAAACUAUGGCAUCACCCAGUUUGACAACAUCCUGUUUGCUAUCCUCACCGUCUUCCAGUGUAUCACCAUGGAGGGCUGGACUGACCUGCUCUACUAUAGCAACGAUGCCUCAGGGAGUGCAUGGAACUGGAUGUACUUCAUCCCCCUCAUCAUCAUCGGCUCCUUCUUCAUGCUCAACCUGGUGCUGGGUGUGUUGUCAGGGGAGUUUGCCAAAGAGAGAGAGCGUGUGGAGAACAGGAGUGAGUUCAUGAAGCUCCGAAGACAGCAGCAGAUUGAAAGGGAACUCAACGGUUAUCUGGAGUGGAUCUGCAAAGCUGAAGAGGUCAUCUUGGCGGAUGAUGACAAUGAAAAUGAUUAUGAUGGCUCCCGCAGAAGAGCCACAAAAAACCAUAAGAGCAAAGCUGAGCUGCUAAACCCAGAGGAAGGGGACGGUGAUUUGGCAGUAGGGUCACCGUUUGCCCGUGCCAGCUUGAAGAGCUCAAAGCUCGAAGGAUCAGAUUUCAAGCGGCGGGAGCGACGGCUACGCUUCCUUAUCCGACACGUUGUUAAGUCCCAGGCCUUCUACUGGACCGUACUGUGUUUGGUGGGCCUUAACACUAUGUGUGUGGCUGUAGUGCACUAUGACCAGCCAGACCCACUGUCGGAUUUUCUAUAUUUUGCUGAAUUAAUCUUCCUGGGGAUAUUCUUGACGGAGAUGUGUGUGAAGAUGUAUGGCCUGGGCAAGCAGGCCUACCUCAACUCCUCCUUCAACUGCUUCGACUGCAUUGUGAUAUGUGGUAGUAUAUUUGAAGUGCUGUGGUCCAUCAUCCAGCCGGGCACGUCGUUUGGCAUCAGUGUGCUACGAGCUCUCAGGUUAUUGAGGAUUUUCAAAGUCACCAAGUACUGGGCAUCUUUGCGUAACCUAGUCGUCUCUCUGCUCAACUCCAUGAAGUCCAUCAUCAGCUUGCUCUUCCUGCUUUUCCUCUUCAUAGUAGUCUUUGCUCUGCUGGGCAUGCAGCUCUUCGGAGGACAGUUUAAUUUUGAAAAUGGCACUCCUCCGACCAACUUCGAUACCUUCCCCGCAGCAAUAAUGACAGUGUUCCAGAUCCUGACCGGUGAGGACUGGAACAUGGUGAUGUACGAUGGCAUCAAGUCUCAGGGCGGAGUCAACAAGGGCAUGGCCUUCUCUGUCUUCUUCAUCGUGCUCACACUUUUUGGCAACUACACUCUGCUGAAUGUGUUCUUGGCUAUCGCUGUGGACAAUUUAGCCAACGCACAGGAACUGACCAAGGAUGAACAAGAGGAAGAGGAGGCUGCCAGUCAGAAGAUUGCCCUGCAGAAAGCCAAGGAGGUGGCUGAAGUCAGCCCACUGUCUGCCGCUAACCUCUCCAUUGCAGCCAACAAAGUACACAGUGAGUGUCACAACGCUACCGACCCCUUUCUGGACUGUAAGGAGCAGCAGAAGAACAACAACAAGGGGAUCAACAAGUCAGUGUGGGAGCAACGUACCAAGGAGCUAAGGAGGCAGACUCUGGUGUCCAGCCGCGAGGCCCUCUAUAACGAGCUGGACCCUGACGAACGCUGGAAGGCAAGGACAGGGAGGGAGGAGCAAAACAAUGUGAACUUCUCACGUCACAUCCGUCCGGAUAUGAAGACCCACCUGGAUCGACCGUUGGUGGUCGACCCCCACGAGAACCGCAACAACAACACCAACAAGACCACUGCAAACAGUUCAGCAGACCUCUGCUUCAGCCAGCACCAUCCUGCUGAUGAGCUCCACAGACAAACACGCCUCCACGAACACGGUGGCCAAGUAGGUGGGGGUGGCGGAGGCGGCUCAGGUCCAGUCAGGGCUCCCUUGGAGAGGGGUGAGUCCACAGAGAGCAGGCGGAGUCGUAAAAGCGAGCACCACCACCCCAGCUCUCAUGUCCGAUUGGAUGCUACAGUGAUUCCUGGGCCAGGCUCGGAGGAGAGGCCUUCCAGGCGCCACCAUCACACCCGGAGUGGCAGUCGAGGGGGAGGGCAGUCAGAACACAGGAAGCCCAGGUCACAUCGAAAAAGUGCCGAAGAUGGCGAGGAUGGCGGGGGAGGAGCUGGAAAAACAGGGAGACAUAAGAACAAAGGGGUUGACAGAGGUGGUGGAGAAGGAGGAGAGCAGGAGGGAGCUGGGGAUGGCAGUGAGAGGAGGCCAAGAAGGAAUCGCCAUGGCAACCAAACGGACGGCGAGGGGAAGAGGAUGUGCCAGCACAGAAGGAAGGAUUGCAGUGUCCCUAACCUCUCUACUACACGGCCCAUUCAAAAGAGCCUCUCCAGGCAGGACAGCCAGUACAGUGAGGAUAUGGACAACCUCAUGAAUACCAAACUGGUCUCUGGCUCUACCCCAACCAGCGAGGUUCACCCUAAUCCAGUUGCCAACCACACUGUGGCCCCUGGCUUUGGAUCUGCCCUCCAUCUUGCCAACAGUGGCACUCAUGGGAGUUUAGUCACGUUAGAUAGCUAUGGGAGCAUCGCCCAUCACCGUACCAACAGUGUCAUUAGGCUGCCCCACCCUGACUACACAGCUGUAGACAUGCCAAUUUUUCCAUCCACCAAUGCCAUACUGCAGGUCAAUAAAAAUGCCAACACAGAGCCUCUGCCAGCGAAGGAGGAUAAGGACGAUGAUGAUGAUGAGAAGAGAAGGGAAGGAGGACCCAGGCCCAUGCCUCCCUACAGCUCCAUGUUUAUCCUGUCCACCACCAACCCGUUUCGGCGGGCGUGUCACUACAUCUGCACCCUGAGUUAUUUUGAGAUGACUAUCCUGCUGGUCAUUGCCAUGAGCAGUAUUGCCCUGGCUGCUGAAGACCCUGUCUGGCCCGAAUCCCCUCGCAACAAUGUCCUACGCUAUUUCGACUAUGUCUUCACAGGAGUAUUCACAUUUGAGAUGCUGAUAAAGAUGGUGGAUCUGGGCCUGGUCUUGCACCAGGGCUCUUAUUUCCGGGACUUGUGGAACAUCCUUGACUUUAUAGUGGUUAGUGGUGCUCUGGUGGCCUUCGCCUUCACCAGCGGCGGCGGGGGGAGCAGUAAAGGAAAAGACAUCAGCACUAUCAAGUCUCUUAGGGUGCUGAGAGUGUUACGACCUCUGAAGACUAUUAAACGUCUUCCCAAACUCAAGGCUGUGUUUGACUGUGUGGUGAACUCUCUGAAGAAUGUGCUCAACAUCCUGAUUGUCUACUUACUCUUCAUGUUCAUCUUUGCUGUGGUGGCUGUGCAGCUCUUCAAGGGACGCUUCUUUUACUGCACUGAUGAAUCCAAAGAGUUUGAGCGCGACUGCAGGGGCGAAUAUCUGGUGUAUGAACGUGAUAACGAAGUGAAGGCGCAGAAGCGGGAGUGGAAGAAGUACGAUUUCCACUACGACAACGUGGCUUGGGCCCUACUCACCCUCUUCACUGUGUCUACCGGAGAGGGGUGGCCGCAGGUGCUGAAGCAUUCAGUGGAUGCGACUUAUGAGAACCAGGGCCCGAGCCCGGGGUACCGGAUGGAAAUGUCCAUCUUUUACGUGGUGUACUUCGUGGUCUUCCCCUUCUUCUUCGUCAACAUCUUCGUGGCUCUCAUCAUCAUCACCUUCCAAGAGCAAGGAGACAAGAUGAUGGAGGACUAUAGUUUAGAAAAGAACGAGAGAGCCUGUAUAGACUUUGCCAUCAACGCCAGACCUCUGACACGCCACAUGCCUAAGAACAAGCUGAGCUUUCAAUACCGAAUGUGGGAGUUUGUGGUGUCGCCGCCAUUUGAGUAUACUAUCAUGGCAAUGAUCGCGCUCAACACAAUCGUACUGAUGAUGAAGUAUGACGGAGCUUCUGAAACCUAUGAAGCUGUGUUAGUCAACCUGAACAUAGUGUUUACCUCCCUCUUCUCCAUGGAGUGUGUACUCAAGAUCAUCGCCUUUGGAGUACUGAAUUAUUUCAAAGAUGCCUGGAAUAUUUUUGACUGUGUGACAGUUCUGGGCAGCAUUACUGACAUCCUGGUUACAGAGCUUGGGAUGAAUAAUUUCAUCAACCUAAGUUUCCUGAGGCUGUUCAGGGCAGCUCGUCUCAUCAAGCUGCUGAGGCAGGGAGAAACCAUCCGCAUCUUGCUCUGGACCUUCGUUCAGUCCUUCAAGGCACUGCCUUAUGUCUGCCUUCUUAUUGCCAUGCUGUUCUUCAUUUACGCCAUCAUUGGGAUGCAGCUGUUUGGGAAUAUCGCUAUUGAAGAAGAAGGAGAGAGCGCCAUCAACCAGCACAACAACUUCAGGACCUUCGUACAGGCUCUCAUGCUGCUCUUCAGGAGUGCAACGGGAGAGGCGUGGCACGAGAUCAUGCUGUCGUGUCUGGGGAGCAAGGAGUGUGACCCCCUGGCAGGGAAUCCAGAACCAGAGUGUGGCAGCCAGUUUGCUUACCUGUACUUUGUCUCCUUCAUCUUCUUCUGUUCAUUCUUGAUGCUGAAUCUGUUUGUAGCCGUCAUCAUGGACAACUUUGAGUACCUGACGAGAGAUUCAUCCAUACUGGGACCUCACCACCUGGAUGAGUAUGUCAGGAUAUGGGCCGAGUAUGAUCCUGCUGCCUGCGGUCGCAUUCAUUAUAAGGACAUGUACAGUUUAUUACGAGUUAUCGACCCGCCUCUCGGCUUAGGCAAGAAAUGCCCCCAUAGGGUGGCCUGCAAGAGACUGCUCCGUAUGGACCUGCCUGUGGCCGAUGACAACACGGUCCACUUCAACUCCACUCUCAUGGCCUUGAUCCGCACAGCACUGGACAUCAAGAUCGCCAAGGGUACGGAAGGUGGUGUUGACAAGCACCAGAUGGACGCAGAGCUGAGGAAAGAGAUGAUGGCAAUCUGGCCCAACCUCUCCCAAAAGACUCUGGAUUUGCUGGUUACGCCACACAAGUCAGCCACAGACCUGACAGUGGGAAAAAUCUAUGCUGCUAUGAUGAUCAUGGAGUACUACAGGCAGAGCAAGAUCAAGCGCUCGCAGGCUCUUCGGGAUGAGCAGAAUCGAACGCCAUUACUGUUUCAGCGCGUGGAGCCACCUUCCCCCACCCAGGAUGGGGGUCCGGGACUUAACAACGCCCUCCCUCCACCUGAGACAACAGAGACUGUCAACGGCCUGCCGGUGGAGGGGGGGGUCCCGGAGAGCCAUUCAUGGGUGACGGCUCGUGCUCAGGAGAUGUCCCAGAAAGUCGGCAGCUGGAGCCCUGAGGGACACCCUGAGGAUGGCCUGGGAAGCAUGACCAACUCUCAGACGGUAGAGAUGAGAGAGAUGGGGCAGGAUGGUUACUCGGAUACUGAGCAUUUUCCGCCAAUGGAAGGCCAUGGCAGGGCCGCUUCCAUGCCCCGCCUCCCAGGCGACAACCAACAGCGGAGGAAAGGGAGACAACGUGGCAGUAACCUCAGUACCAUCAGUGACAGCAGUCCAAUGAAACGCUCGGCCUCGUCGCUGGGCCACAGCAGGUCUGGGCGGGGCCACAGAGACAAAGGAGGGGCAGACGACUACAACAUGGAGUGUGUACCUGAAGAGGGGAGGACUUCCAGACAUGGACACCGUCGAAAAGACCGGAGUCAUCGGGCGUCUGAGAGGUCCCUCUGUCGCUACACGGAGGCUGACACAGGCCUGGGCACAGACCUGAGCACAACCACCCAGUCAGGGGACCUCACGGCCAAAGACAAGGAUCGUGACAGAGAUCGCGGCCGGUCCAAAGACCGUAAGCACCACCACCAUCAUCACCACCACCAUGGCUCUGUGGACAAGGAGCGCUAUGUAGCAGAUCGAGGGGGCGAGUUCGGACACAGGCACUCCCGCGACAGAGAGCAUGACCGGGAGAGGGAGAGGGAGAGGGAAAGGGACCGACGCUGGUCACGAUCGCCCAGCGAGGGCCGCGAGGGCCGCGAGGGCCGCGAGGGCCGCGAGUGCAUGACGCACAGACAGGGCAGUAGUUCGGUCAGCGGAAGUCCCGUCCCCUCAACCUCGGGGACCAGUACGCCACGCCGAGGCCGUCGACAGUUGCCUCAGACCCCCGCAACCCCCCGGCCCCAUGUUACCUACUCCCCUGUGGUCCGUAAGGCCAUGCCCACACCACCUGGGGGCCCACAGGGCCGACCCCCAGCCCCUGCCCCCCGUCGCUUUUCUCCUGAGCCUCCCCAGGGCCAGGGCCCUCCCCCCGCUGGCCUCCCACUAGCCCACCAUGGCACAACCCGCCAGGGUCAUCAUCCCCCUCCUCGCUGGGGAGACUCAGGUGGAGGAGGUGGCUCCAUGGAAGGGGAUGGCUGCUUCUACAACCAGGACUACCAAGACUAUGAGCCCCACCACGAACCACCUGCCUAUGAGCAGAGCCCCAUGCAGGGUAGCAGCCCCCACCCCCAUGCCCUGACCAAUCACCCAUUGCCGCCUCCCCCACAGCCACAGCCACAGCCACAUAACCCCCACCCCCCUCCCCAGCCACACCCUGUAAACAAUCCCCACCCUCAUCCACCGCCACACCCACAGCCCAGUCGCACCUCACCUAGGACUGCCGGCCAUGCGCCCCCUCCGACCACCGCCCUGACUGGGCCUGUACAGGGCCAGAUGCAGCCUGCUGCCCAGCGCCGCCUACCCAAUGGCUACCGCUCUUCAUCCCCUUCCACACAUCUCCAUGGACCCCAACAUACUGGGCCCCACAAGGUCCCUCCUCCAGCCGGGCAUCCUAGAGGUCCCCGCAAGGGCCUGCAUGAACCCUACAGCAAGACGGAGGACGACGACUGGUGCUAGCCUCUGGGGAUGGGGGAGGGGUGUAAGGAGGAAAAAAGAAUUGAUAGAUGGACCGAAAGACGGGAAGCUCUAAAGCCAGUGCUCUGACUGCCAGGGGAAACCAUGAUUCUUUCUUACUUGCCUGUUCAAUUUUGUUUUCUCUCUCCUCUACUGCUUGGCAUGUCCCAGUGAUGUGUGGUCUAGAUGAAGGGGUAGGUGUCAGGAUGGAACAAGAAUGCUGAGGCAGGAUCUGGAGAAACAAGUGGUGUAAGGGGAAACCAUGCACCUCCACGUUCUGCUUGCAUUAUUGUUGCAUUCAUAUCUUGAUGCCAAAUAAGACCAACCUCAAACUGCAGUUUUUAAGGAUGCAAGCAGGAGGGGUAAUGGACACUAGUCUUUGUGUGUCUUAAAUUAUGCCUCUGGCAACGAGCUACAGCCACUUACAAGAUGUCAACAGUUGCGAAUCGACAAAAGACACUUUACAGUCAGAGACAAAAGAACGACCACUGUUUAGUUUUUGCCUAUCAAAGCUACCUUCAGUUAAGUUCAGAAUCCAAUCCAACCCUCCCAGCCACCGGUUGAAUAUUGAUGAGUUUUAUCAUCUGUGUUUUUAAAUAAGAACAAAACUGACAAUGAGCCCUCCACCUGUAUGAGGUGAGGAGGCUAAGUGGGUGGGAGGGUUGGGGAGUGCUGCACGGGGGGUUGACGAGUCCCAUGGUCAAAAUCUAGAGGACAGGAUGGGCGCGUUGGUGAUGUUUACCGUUGUCCCUGGAGAAACACCCUCCUCGCAGAAUCAAACUGUUUAACUAACCUCAACCCAUGACCUAUGAGAGAAGAAAAAGAAAACGUGGAGAUGGGUUUCAGAAACAAACAAAAAAAAACACAAAAAAAACAAACCAAUAACUGUUUUCUGCAGUAUUUCUUCUUCUAUUCCUGCUUCUUCUUCCUCCUUCUCUUCUACUUAUCAAAACAUUGAAGCUUGAAUCUUCUGUUGCACCCCACACAGCUUCGUUUUUUAGACUUGCGGAGUUGUACACCCUGUGGAAUCCUGCAUGAAUGAUACAAAAAAUAAUAAUAAUAGCAACAAUGAGAAUCUACUGUAUGUGGGGGGAGAUUUUACUUGGUCCUUUCUGUUGUGGUCUGCAGGGCUUCUCUCUUUUUUUUUAGUACAAAUGCCUUUCUGUUUCUCUCUCUCUCCUCUGUAUGACAUUCUUCUCUCGGUACCUUCAUUACACUAAAAUCAAGUGAUAGAAGGCUAUGGGGAGAGCACUGUAUGUAUAUCUUAGAAGGAACGAAAUGAUUACUUUUUGCUUGCUUGUCUGUAUGUUCUGUGCCAGAUGCCUGCCACUGACACAACUGGAAUUGCACAUAAUUUUUUGUGGAAGUAACUUUUUGUAACUAAGGUGAUAAAGCGAUAUGCUGGGAAGCAGGGUAAAGUGGAUAAAAGAUGUGACGUCCAUAUUGGUGAAACAAGUCAGACAAAUCCGUAACAUCUCAAAGUCUUCCAGGGUUUGGGGUUAAAACAGAGACAUCAGAGGGAAAGAGACCAAUAGAAAGGUGGAGAAAGGAGAGAGACUCUUCAUCUUUGUUUUUUUUAUUGUUAUUGACUGUAAUGAUGGAUAAACAGAUAUCAUAAUAUAAACUAUUAAUGAUCAUGAUGGUCGUGAUAAUGAGACAGAUUCUGCAUAUUUGGUCUGUAUAUUCUGUUCUGUAUGUUCGUUUUGUUUUCAGCUCAGCUAAUCGUUUUUCCAACCCUGAGGUGGAGCUCUAACCCACAGUUGCAUUGUGGGAGAAUGAGUCUGCAGUAGGGCAAACAUGAGACAGAGAUUACCCAAAGCAGUCAAUUAGGUCUGCCUUUUUUUUUUGUAACUCUUUUUCAAAGACUAUAUAGAGUUUAGACAGUGGGUGAAUUUGAUUGUGAGCCCCAUUUUAAAGGUCCCAUGGCAUGAAAACUUCACUUUAUGAGGUUUUUUAACAUUAAUAUGUGUUCCCCCAGCCUGCCUAUGGUCCCCAAUUGGCUUGAAAUGGUGAUAGGUGUAAACCGAGC